AUGUACUGGUAUUCAACCAUUACUUUAUUAUUGUAUGUGGCAACAACAAUUCACGCAAACGCAUUAGAACGUUUCGGCGAUGUAUCGCUUCCAUUGAUGCCAGAUGUCCAUGCACCUCACCAACAGAAUGUUCAAUCCCUAAUACAUAAUGAACAUGUGAAAUUAGUCGAAGGUGAUAUUGCUGUACCAUCAGACCAAGCUCAUCUAAGAAAUCUGGUAUUAUCAUCACGGAAAUGGUCCAAUAGGGUUGUACCAUUUGUAUUUGAUCCUGCUUCCGGAUACACGGCAGCUCAACAAAAUACAAUUACUGCUGCGAUGGCGAAAAUGACUGAGCAAACUAACAAUUGCAUCCGAUUUGUUCGGCGCUCAAAUGAACCAACAUGGCUAAGAAUUACGGCGUCGACUGGAUGUUGGUCUUAUCUUGGUCAAAUUUAUACUUCUGGUGCACAAGACUUAUCGUUGAGGAAAGAUUCUAACUACAAUUGUGUAUCACAAGGAACAGUUAUUCACGAACUAAUGCAUGCACUGGGUUAUGAUCAUGAGCACAAUCGACCAGAUCGUGAUAAUUAUAUACAAAUAGAAUGGAAUAAUGUUCAAUCAGAUCUUUUCUAUGCGUUUGAUCGUCAACCAGCAAGUGCAGUAAAUACGUUUAAUCAUGGUUAUGAUUAUGGUUCAAUAAUGCAUUAUAGACAAGAUGCAUUUUCCAAAAACGGCAAGCCAACAAUGGUGCCAACGUAUCCUGGGUGGCAAUCGUGGGUGGCACAAAUGGGCAAUGGUAAUUUACUGUCAGCUAAUGACAUUGACAAAAUCAAAAAGCAUUAUGGUUGUGCAUAA